AUGGUAAUUCAAUUUGCUUCAGAAGUGGAUGUUGAAAUGGCCGCCUGGAUCAGCAAAAAUGUCUCCUUCCCCUGCACCAUGGUAGACCGCAUCACCCCAGCCACCAGCAGCGAACACGUGGCCCUUCUCGCAGAGGACUACGGCGUGGGGGACAAGUGGCCGGUGGUGGCCGAGGAAUUCCGGCAGUGGGUGAUAGGGGAGAACUUCUGCAACGAGCGCCCCUUUCUGGAAGCCGUCGGCGCAGUCUUCACCAAAGAAGUUGAACACUUCGAAACCCUCAAACUCCAACUCCUCAACGCCGCCCACAGCGCCCUCGCCUACCCCGCCCUUCUCCUCGGCUACCGCUUCGUCGACGAGGCCCUCACGGACGUCAG